AUGCAGAAGACCACCUCCGAUGUCCAAGGCCGGCCGGACCAACAUCCCGUCGCAUCGGCUACCCAAGAUCACCCCCAGGUAGACCCAAUAGAAGGGGCCGCCAACUCUCAAGACUCUCCAGCUCAGUCCGACGGCAGAAGUGUAUGCUUUAACUCCUCAGAUGCCCAGUACGUCGGAGGAACCCACUGGGCCGCUAUCCUAGAUAGGAUCGCCGACUUAAAAGAGCAGCUAGAGCGAGAAGGCAACGAGAACAUUGAAAAGCCUGCUUUGCUGCAUACUUUACUGCUAUAUGGAUGUAAAUCAGCAAGUAAAGAAGAUAUCUUGGCAGCUCUGCCUGAUCGACCUACCGUUGAUCGCUAUGUCUCCCAGUACUUCAAUCGAUUGGACUUGGCGCCAUGUAAGCCUCUUCUCUAA